UCUCACAUCAGAGACUAACAUAGUACUGAGUAAGAACACCACAGCCUCUUUGACUGUUUAUGUCAACAACCUAAACAGCACUUCACCUCUCUGUGCCCUCACAGUUGGCACCAACACGCUCUGGCAGUUAUCCCCCUUUAUACUGUAUGGUGUUUACUAGAAGGCCCCAGCCUCCCCCUCCCUCUGACCAGGGUGGAUGUCACCACUAUCUUAAAGAGCUCAGCAUCUGAGUAUGUGGAGGGGGACAGCAGAGGUUACUGGCUGUCAUGUCUUCAGACGUGAGCUGUCUCACAGGGGGGGCCUGACUAGUCCUGACCAGUGGGCUACUCAUCUUCCAGGGCUCGUCACUGAAGCUAAGCCUCUUAAAAUAGACAGACAGAGAGUAUAAAGAGACCCACCAGCCCUCAGAGCAACAGCUCCAACAUCGAUACACUGAACAGCAAGAGGAUAUCUGACUGAUCUUUCUGCAGGUCCGCAACUGACCUCUCUCAGAAAAUCUGCUCUGAUCUCUAAGAUUUGAAGGAAGUCAAACUUCAUUGUUGUAGGGGUCUUGUCGGAAUUUACCAGAUUUUUCUGCAACAACAAAGGGAAGACUGAAUUUGACCAGGAUGAAGUAUCAGUGCCCUGUGUCCCAGACCAUGGGAGUUAAGACUUACGCCACGGACUGUGGAGUCCCAGUCAGCUGCAAGAGCUCUGCUUCUCUGAAGCAGACCCGCAGUGUCCACUUCCCCAAUGAUAUCGUUUUUCAGGACUACGUGCGACACGGCGAGCUGGAGAGGAUUGGACGUUUCAUGCGAACCAGUAGAGUCACCCUGGACACCAUCUACCACUCUGGUAUGGCUGCCAUUCAUGAGUCUGUCCUGUCUGGGAACCUGGAGUGUGUGAAACUGCUGGUCCACCACGGAGCAGAUAUCCUCCAGAGAGACGAGGAGGGAUGGACCCCUCUGCACAUGGCCUGCAGCGACGGCUUCCCACACAUUGCACGCUACCUUCUGUCGCUGGGUGCUGACCCAGAGCUGGAGAACGACUGCGGGGAGAAGCCGGCUGACCUCAUCGACCCGGACAACAAGGAGCUGCUGGAGCUCUUCGGGCUGGCUGUGAACGACUAAAUGCUUUUAAAGCCACAAACGUAUCGUACACCUGACGCCCAGACGUCUGACUGCACUGCAGCCAUGGACAGAAGAGGCCACGUCAGCCCAGCAUCCUGAUUUUGUGAGCUGCCUCAGCUCAGGAGGUCAAGGACCAUGGAUGCCUGGUGGAAGGAGAACGGACAGAGACAGUAGGCUGCCUCCAGAGUGGAGUGAACUUUUGCCGGAAGCGGCUCCUCUCUGAUCCCUAGAUCAGAGAUGUAUGUGUCCCAUGAGCACUUCAGAUCCUUUUAUACUGUGAACUGAAUGAAUCGCUUGAUGUGGAGUUGAUGAUGUUAUUUGGCCUGUCACUGGAAUUCAGAGGGCUUGUGAAUGUUGUGAAAGCUGAAACUGUUGUUGCUGCUCCUCUGUCUGCUAAGAUUAGAACAAACAAACAGGCUUGUGCUGUCUGACUUGGUAACACAUUAGUUUAGAGUUAAUCAGGACUUUUUUCUAUUUUUGCCUCUACAUGUUUCAGUUGA